AUACUUAUUCUGUUCAUCCGAAAGUAAGCAGUGUGUGAUAUACGAUUGAUUGCAUUUAAAAUUGUUUGUUAAAUUCAAAUAUGGACUUUACGAGUACUUUAAAUAACGCAUUCACUGGGUCAAACAAAAAUAUUGAAAUGUAUCACUCAACUAACAAUGAUUUGAGCAUAAUAUUGGCAGGCAAUCAUUUAAACGAAGUAAAUUUAAAUAGUGACUAUGACAGUGGCUUUUGUUCUUACAUAAAUCAAUCGACAAUACUAGCAGGAAAUGUGUCUACAUUUGAUCAUAGUAAUAAAAAAUGUAGUAUUACCAGAGGAAAAGAAAAUAGGAUUACUUUCGAUGAAAAUGAAAGUGUUGAUGAAGAUAACGAAAUCGAUGUAUUGAAUACAAAUAUUGAUGCAAUAUGUGAUCAAAGUGAAAUGUUUUACGAUAGUCUAGAGUGCAAAAUUGAUUCAUCGGAAACAACAACUGAGUCAGUAAACAAUACUUCUCAAGAAGGAAAACUGACUCCAUUAAUUGAUGUUCAAUCGUCUGAGCAAAGCAAUGGUACAUUUCGAGUACAGAUUUGUAUUAAAGGUUUUAAGGAGGAAAAUAAACCUGUAACAAAUUUAAAAUUUAAACAAGUAACUCAUGGUGUUUAUGAUAAUUUUAACAAAAAAGCUGCUCGUAAGAGCAAACUUGCGAAUUUCAAUCGAUCAUCAAAAACGAUAGAAAAGAACAAAGCAAUAGUAGGUACACCGAAUUUCGAAGAUUUUGAUAAUAAAGAAAAUUAUGACCCUAAAAAUAUAGCGCAGUUUUCGAUGAGAAGUUGCAUAAAUUUUAACAAACUUGAUCGUAAUUGUCUUUAAAAUAUGAUAUUACUUAUUCUAUUAUAUUGUAUCUACUAUAUAUCAAAAUGACCAAAUGUUAUAUAGUAUAGCAGAAAUAUUUUAUUUGUGAAUCAGAUUCUAUUUAAUUGUUAAGUAUUGAAUUAUAACUCAAUACUAUAUGUUUUAUUCAAUAUAUUUAGUGUGUACAAUGUAUAUCUAUUUUUAUCAAAAAUCAUAAGCAUUAUUGUAAAGUUUAAUGAUUCUAGAGACUAUUUUUAUACAAAAGAUAAUUGUCCUAUAAAAAUAUUAUGAUCUGAAUGUAUACAUUUUUUAAUUGUAAUAAAUGCUUAUCAAGAUAUGGGA